AAAUCGUGUAUUGGAUAUAACGGAUGGCAUUCACGAUAUAGGAACUGUUCGGUGGGAACUCCUCAUAUGUUUGGCAGUGGCCUGGCUAUUGGUCUAUGGCGUUAUAUGGAAAGGCCUGCACCAAAGUGGCAAAAUCAUCUGGGACUCCAUAAUCGCAUGUAUUGUGAGCUCCGGGACGAGUCUGUUCUCCGGAUUUGUCAUAUUCUCAGUGUUGGGACACAUGGCCCACGUCCAGGAUAAGCCGGUGUCACAAGUGGCCAAAUCUGGGCCGGGACUGGCGUUUCUGGCCUACCCAGAGGUGGUCACACUAUUGCCAAUAUCGCCGCUCUGGUCGGUACUAUUCUUCCUAAUGCUUCU